AUGUCUCCAGCAAUUUCACUUCAAUCCGUAAGAAAUAUGAGCGACAGCAGCCAAUCUGAAAACGAAUAUCAGAAAGGUGUGAAGCAUCUCUACGAGAAUGGAAUUCAGAAGGUCCCAAACAAGUACAUAUUUCCAAUCCUAGACCGACCAAACACUGAAAAAGAAUCGCAUGUUAAUGAAGCAAAUAUCAAACUUCCGAUCAUAGAUUUUGCUGAGCUACAAGGUGCAAACCGGUCUCAAGUUCUGAAAGACCUUACUAAUGCUUGUGCGCAAUAUGGUUUCUUUCAGGUGGUGAAUCAUGGUGUUCCUAUAGAUGGUAUUACCAGUAUGACUGAUGCCUGCAAAAGAUUUUUCGAGCUUCCUUUUGAGGAACGAGCAAAGUACAUGUCAGCGGAUAUGAAAGCACCAGUUCGAUAUGGAACAAGUUUUAGUCAGAACAAAGACGGCGUCUAUUGUUGGAGAGAUUUUUUGAAGCUUGUUUGCCAUCCCGUACCAGAUGUCCUUUCUAACUGCCCGUCUUCACCAGAGCACCUGAGGAAGCAGACAGCUGCUUACUCAAAGGAAACAAGAAACCUGUUUCUGAUGCUGAUGGAGGCCAUCCUAGAAAGCCUUGGACUGUGGGGCGCAGAAAUGAACAUAACAGAAGAAAAUGACAUUUUGGAAGAAUUCGAAGAUGGAAGCCAGAUAAUCGUUACAAAUUGCUAUCCACCUUGUCCAGAACCUGAACUCACACUAGGGAUGCCACCACAUUCAGACUAUGGCUUCCUCACUCUUCUUCUCCAGGAUGAGGUCAAGGGUUUGCAAAUACAGUUUGAAGAAAAAUGGUUAACAGUUGAACCUAUUCCAAAUGCUUUUGUCGUAAAUAUUGGUGAUCAUCUAGAGAUAUUUAGCAACGGAAGGUAUAAGAGUGUGCUACACAGAGUUCUAGUCAAUCAAGAGAAGACCCGUGUAACUGUAGCAUCACUGCACAGUCUUCCCUUCGAACGUGUUAUCCGGCCUUCACCUAAACUUAUAAACAAACACAAUCCAACACGUUACAAGGACACAGAUUUUGCUACUUUUCUGGAGUAUAUUUCAUCAUGUGAGCCAAAGAAGAAGGCUUUUCUUGAGUCCAGAAAACUCAGUUGAAAUGCACACAUCUCCAUGUCAACCAAGACACCUUUUAGGAAAAGAAUUAAUUCAUGUACAUGAAAUUCAUAUAACAUGCCCAACUAUUACUGUUUUUUCAUCUCAAUAAUCAAAGUAAGCUGUAUCUAGAACGAUCCAAGAAACAAAAUUACAAGUAAACAAUAGUUUUUUGACCAGAAAUUUAACAUCUGCUGAUUGCCUCAA